UCAGCUUUCCGUCGAUUAUAUAUAUAAGCGUAGUAUUUUUGUAUACUUUUAGUACUGUCUAUGGAAAACCACAUGGAUGUAGGUAUCAGUUUCGGGAGGUCACUGAUAGUACCAAGUGUUCAAGAACUUGCUAAGCAAUCCAUCACAAAGAUCCCACCUCGGUAUGUUCGCCAAGAUCAUCAGAAACCCUUACUCACUUCAUCCGAUGACACCUUCACUCUAUCGUUACCUGUCAUUGAUCUUCACAGCUUAUUUUCAACCGAUUCUGAAUCUUCCACGUAUUCAUCUGAGCUAAGUAAACUUCAUACAGCUGCUAAAGAAUGGGGUUUCUUUCAGGUUAUCAACCAUGAAAUAAGUGAAUCCCUAUUAGAGGAUUUCAAGAGGGAAGUCUUGAGCUUCUUUAAGCUUCCGAUGGAGGUGAAACAAAAGCUUUGGCAGAAAGAAGACAGCCAAGAAGGUUUCGGUCAGCUUUUUGUUGUAUCCGAGGAACAAAAGCUUGAUUGGUGUGACAUGUUUUACGUAAAUACCCUUCCACAUAAUAUCAGAAAUUCCAAAUUAUUUCAGAAGUUACCUCCCGUUCUGAGGUUCUUUCUUCCAUCUCGAUAUGAAAGCUUUUAGCGUACAAGUUUCCAUUGUGUUUUUUGGAUUGGAUAUAUAUGUUUUAAUAACUCCAUUUUGGCACCAAACUAAUGCUAAAGUGAUUCAUCUACA